GUCCGCUCUCUUGGAGAUGACUUUUCAGCUUCUAGGGUUGAUGAUAAGAGAUAUGUACUCAAGGUAUGCCUAUAAUUAUAUCCGUUCAAUAAAAAAUAAAAAGGCUUGGAAGAUUCCUUCAAUAAAUAUAUGGAUUAAAAAUGAACAAUUUCGUGUAUUACGAACCAACCUUUCCAAGGUAGUCUUACUCUACCUUCUAUUCCCUCUGUUUUAAGGAGUCUACGUCAAUAUUCAACACAAUGGGGGCUCAAUUCUCAAGCACCUUAACCCAGGCAUUCCCUCCGAAGCCGAAGUUCACAGAGAAUAAUUUACCUGAUCUUAGUGGAAAAGUUUAUAUUGUCACUGGAUCGAAUACCGGCGUCGGCAAGGAACUAGCCCGGAUUCUUUACUCCAAGAAUGCGAAAGUCUAUAUCGCAGCACGCUCCCAAGAUAAGGCGAACAGGGCGAUCGAAGAAAUUAGCAACUCCUUCCCAACUUCGAAAGGGGGCCUAGUCUUCCUGAAGUUGGAUCUCAGCGAUUUAACCACGAUCAAAGCAUCAGCGGACGAGUACCUCGCGAAAGAAACAAGACUUGAUGUCUUGUUCAACAAUGCCGGAGUACAAAAUCCGCUCCCCGAACCGAGCAAGACACCACAAGGAUACGAAUACCAUCUCGGCGUAAACGCAAUCGGGACGUUCGCAUUCACGAAACUCUUGACUCCCAUCCUCGUCUCAACAUCUAAGAAAGAGGGAUCUUCUCGCGUAAUUUGGGUCUCAUCGUCGGGUACGGAGAUCCUUGGCGAGAAAUCAGUCGGUGUCGACAUGAGCAAUCUCGACUACCAGAAAAAGGACAGGCCGUAUCUCGAGAAAUACGGCAUCAGCAAAGCAGGAAACUGGCUUCAUGGCGUCGAAUUUGCCAAGCGAUAUAGGGCGGACGGUGUCAUCAGUAUUCCGCUGAACCCCGGAAACCUUGCCUCGGAACUAUACCGAGACAUGAAGGGUCUGAUGAGGAUUUUCGUAAACCUUGUAACCUAUCCUCCCAUCAAUGGCGCGUACACGCUCCUCUAUGCUGGCUUGUCGCCCGAGGUUACGCUUGAAAAGAGCGGAAGUUGGGUGGUUCCCUUCGGACGUAUCUUGCCGAUUCGAAAGGACUUGGUGGAAGCAACGAAGACCGAGGCAGAAGGUGGAAAUGGCACAGCAGAGAAGUUUUGGGAUUGGUGUGAUGAACAGAUCAAGCCAUAUAUUUCGUGAGGAUCAUUUCGUUGAAGUGAUAAUAUUCAUGAAUUAGGUUAAGUUAAUGAGUUAGGUACUUGUGGUAUGCGAAUACUGUGAAUUGAGAUUAGACAGGCUUGGUGGCUUGGGGAUAGUAUCGACUUUUCGACCAUGCUAUUGGUUUAAAUACCAUUGGUUAGUAAUACGUAUAAUUCGCCAGUUUGCCAAGUUCGUCGGAUCAUCAAUGAGGUUUGCUUGUCUGGCACAAAAACUUGUGUAUCUCUAACCGGGAAGACUCGGACACGGCACCUUGAACUCUACUAGUUAUUGGUACCAUGUGAAUGGUUACAAUGUUAGUUGCAACGUUGCCUCGGUGCGCGCGUGCGAUUUAACUGCCCAAUAACAGGAAUGUUAAUAUGUGUGAAA